AGAGUUGCCCAAGACCAAGGCCCACCUCUAUAAUAGUUGCAAUGAUUUCCAAAUUGUAUUUUUCAGGGGCCUUCCUCAAAUGUACCCCAUCUGUACAUGUAAAAUGGAUUAAAAAAUAAGAUAUUAUUGUCUUUUAAUUUGUAAUCCAAAAUAAUAAUAAAAAAUACACCAAGUACUUGAAAAUAAAGACACCAGUGCCGUACAGGUGGAGGAAACUGUUUAUUAGUAUCCUGAAGUAUGGGAUGAACUUUGCCUAUGGAGGGACAGGUGUGUUCAACACUUUGAUUGCAGAGCCAAACAUGACAAUCCAGAUCGAUUACUUGCAGCAGCUCCUGAAUGAGUCUGUGUACACUAAGAGGAAGCUCAGGUCUUCUAUGGCCCUCGUCAGCCUCGCAGGCAAUGACUACUUGACUUACAUUCAGAAAAAUGGCUCUCCUGAGGGCUGGCCAUCCUUCAUUAAAUCUGUGGUGGAUCAACUUGCAGUCAACAUGAAACGCAUCUACAACAUGGGAGUGAGGAAAGUAGCCGUGAAUACCCUGCAACCCUUGGGCUGUCUCCCACGGAGCACCAUCCAGAACUCGUUCCGACACUGCAACACAACUGAAAACAACUUCGUCGACCUCCAUAACGUCUACUUACAACAAGCCAUCGGGAAAUUGAACACCGAGGCCAACAGUACUGAUAAUCGUUUCAUCACUCUCGAUCUUUACUCUGCAUUUUGGACUGUGUUCCAUAAUGAAACUGCUCAUCAAGGUAAGGCGACGUUUAAGAAUCCAUAUGAGCCGUGUUGCAUCGGUAUAAGCAGCCAAUAUUCAUGUGGAAGUGUGGAUGGGAAUGGGAUCAAGAAGUACACGUUGUGCGCGGAUCGUAAGUUGCGAUUCUUUUGGGACGCAGUUCAUCCUACGCAGGAGGGGUGGCACGCCAUAUUUUCAACUCCUGCUAUGCAGAAUAGUCUAGAGCAAUUCUAGAGGAAAUUGUUCCAUAUAUAUGUACCUAUGUUGUUUCAUCUGUCUAUUGCAAUUCGUUUGUCUAGCACUUUUCUUUCAAACGUGAGUCAGUUAGUGUAAUUAUGCAUAAACAAACUCAAUUAGUGCAUCAUUAAUAAAUGUUCGUAUGAGUA